AUGCUGAUUUCCAAGGGAUUCUUCGCGAGAUUCUCGAAGCGAAGACGAACGUUGUUGGACGAAGUUCUUCAAUCUGCAAAAGUUGGUGAUAAAAUGGAACUCACCUUUGCUAAUUGGAGGCGAGCUAUGAAAUCAGCUGGUUAUUCGGAGAUGGAAGCCGCAUUCAUUUUUCAAAAAUACGACAGGGAUGGUGAUAAUAUGCUCGACUUUCUUGAAUGCCGUAAAAUGCGUGAAGAUUUCAGUUUGGGGCUUGCUUUCCAACCAAUGGACUCCGACGAUGAGGAGAAAACCAAGGAUACUGAGUCGACGAAUCUCGAUUCCAAUAAAGAUGUGUUCGCUGAUCGAGAAGACUGCGAGGAGCUGAAUGAACGCAUAGUCCAGGUAGAAGAAGGCAUGAACAAUAUUGUGCGCCAAAUCUCCUCAAUUAUCGGCAACAUUGAGCGUACCGAACGCGCAAGAAGAGAAAACGAGCAUGCCUUAAUGAAAGGCAUCAUCUAA